AGAGAGUCAGAGGGAGAAGGAGGAGGAGGAUGGUAAGAACGAGGAGCAGAGGAGGCGUGCCAUAGAGGGAGUGGUAGACAUCACAAAGCUCUGCCUGAUGGAGAUGAACCAGGAGGAACUGGCUGACAAGCUGGGGAGUGGAGCUGUUGCGUUCCAGUGGCAACAUGAACUCAAGGCUCAUCUGAAGAAGAAGUUCUACUGUGUGUUUGAGGGACUCGCUAGAGCCGGAGAGCAGAGACCUCUGAAUGAGAUCUACACAGAGCUCUUCAUCACAGAGAGAGGCAGUGGAGAGGUCAACAUGGAACAUGAGGUCAGACUGAUUGAAAAGGCAUCCAGGAAAACAGCCAAUGAGGAAACACCAAUCAGAUGUGAAGACAUCUUUAAACCUGGACAAGAUAAACCAAUCAGAACAAUAAUGACAACCGGAGUGGCCGGCAUUGGUAAAACUCUCUUAACACACAAGUUCACUCUGGACUGGGCAGAAGGCAAAGCCAACCAAGACAUAGACUUCGCAUUUCUCCUCACUUUCAGAGAGCUGAAUUUACUGAAAGGGAAAGAGUUUAGCUUACUGGAACUUCUUCAUCAGUUUUCUGUUGAAACCAAAGAAUCAGGAAACUACAGAUACGACAAUGACCAAGUAGUCUUCAUCUUGGAUGGUCUGGAUGAGUGUCGACUUCCUCUGGACUUCCAGAACAACCCGAUCUGGACUGAUGUCACCGAACCGACCUCAGUGGACGUGCUGCUGACAAACAUCAUCAGGGGAGUCCUGCUUCCCUCUGCGCGCAUCUGGAUAACCACACGCCCUGCCGCAGCCAAUCAGAUCCCUGCUGAGUGUGUUGACAUGGUGACAGAGGUGAGAGGGUUCACCGACCCACAGAAGGAGGAGUACUUCAGGAAGAGAUUCAGAGAGGGGACAAUGGCCACCACAAUCAUCUCUCACGUCAAGAAAUCUCGAAGCCUCCACAUCAUGUGUCACAUCCCAGUCUUCUGUUGGAUCACUGCUACAGUUCUAGUGGACUUCUUCAAAACAUCCCAGAGAGGAGAAGAGGUGCCCAAGACCGUGACUCAGAUGUACAGCCACUUCCUGAGGGUUCAGUCCAUACAGGGGGACAGGAAGUAUCGUGAGAGAGCUGAAACGGAUCCACACUGGAGUUCGGAGAGCAGGGAGAUCAUUGUUUCUCUGGGGAAACUGGCUUUUAACCAGCUGGAGAAAGGUCAGCUGAUCUUCUACGAGGCAGACUUGGCAGAGUGUGACAUCGAUAUCAGAGCAGCCUCAGUGUACUCAGGAGUGUUCACCCAGAUCUUUAAAGAGGAGUGUGGACUGCACCAGGACAGGAUGUUCUGCUUCGUCCAUCUGAGCAUCCAGGAGUUUCUGGCUGCCCUGCAUGUCUUUCUGUCCUACAUCAACACUGGUGUCAACCUGCUCACAGAAGAACAUCCAACCUCCAGGGAUGCUGAACUCCUCCUCUACCAGAGUGCGGUGGACAAGGCCUUACAGAGUGAGAACGGACACCUGGACUUGUUCCUCCGCUUCUUCCUGGGCCUCUCUCUAGAGACCAAUCAGAUGCUCCUACAAGGUCUGCUGGGACCAAGAGGAAGUAAAUUACUGGACAAUCUAACAAAAAACGUUCCAUCGGAGCAGACAGGAAGGAGGUCACAAAUCAAUACCCAAAUAGUCCAUUACAUCAAGGAGAAGAUAGGUGGAGAUCUCUCUCAAGAGAGAAGCAUCAAUCUGUUCCACUGUCUGAAUGAGCUGAAUGACACUUCUCUAGUGGAGGACAUCCAACAGUACCUGUCAUCAGGAAGUAUCUCCACAGAAUCUCUCACCUCUGCUCAGUGGUCAGCUCUGGUCUUCAUCGUACUGACAUCAGAAGAGCAGCUGGACGUGUUUUACCUGAAGAAAUACUCUGCUUCUGACGAGGGUCUUCUGGGGCUGCUGCCAUUGGUCAAAGCCUCCAAAACAUCUCUGCUGAACAGCUGUAAACUGUCAGAGAGAUGCUGUAAAGCUCUGGCCUCAGCUCUCAGCUCCAACUCCUCUAGUCUGAGAGAGCUCGACCUGAGUACCAAUCGUCUGCAGGAUUCAGGAGUGAAGCUGCUCUCUGCUGGACUGGGGAGUCCACACUGUGCACUGGAAACUCUCAGGCUGACUGGCUGUCAUCUGUCAGAGAGAUGCUGUGAAGCUCUGGCCUCAGUUCUCAGCUCCAACUCCUCUAGUCUGAAAGAGCUGGACCUGAGUACCAACGAUAUGCAGGAUUCAGGAGUGAAGCUGCUCUCUGCUGGACUGGGGAGUCCACACUGUACACUGGAAACUCUCAGGUUGUCUGGCUGCCUGGUCACACAGGAAGGCUGUGCUUCUCUGGCCUCCGCUCUGAGCUCCAACCCCUCCCAUCUGAUAGAGCUGGACCUGAGCUACAAUCACCCAGGAGACUCAGGAGCUGCGCUGCUCUCUGCUGAACGGGAGGAUCCAUGCUGGAGACUGGACACUCUCAGUGUGGAGCACGGUGGAGUGUGGAGGCUGAAACCAGCUCUAGAGAAGUAUGCCUGUGAACUCACACUGGACCCAAACACAGCCUUCAGACGACUCUCUCUGUCUGAGGACAGCAGGAAGGUGACGUGGGGUGAAGAGGACCAGUCGUAUCCGGAUCACCCAGAGAGGUUUGACUACUGGGAUCAGGUGUUGUGUAGAGAGGGUCUGCCUGGCCGCUGUUACUGGGAGGCAGAGUGGGGAAGACGGGUUUAUAUAGGAGUGGCAUACAGAGGAAUAGCAAGGAGAGGAAUGAGUAGUGACGGCGUGCUUGGAAUGAACAACAAGUCCUGGAGUCUUGAAUGUAAUGACGACGAUGACGCUACUGCCUACCGUGCCUUUCACAACGGUAGUAGAACAGUCAUAUGUCCCCCCCCCCCUCGCUCUAACAGAGUAGGAGUGUAUCUGGACCGGCCUGCUGGCUCUCUGUCCUUCUACAGAGUGUCCCCAGGAGGAGGAGGGUCCUCAGACACACUGACACACAUCCACACCUUCCAGGCCUCCUUCACCCAGGAGGUCCUCCUCCCUGGGGUUGGGUUACGCAAGAGUGGUUCCUCAGUGUCUCUGUGAGUGUCCAUUGUAGACACACAGGCACACACAAAGACCCAUGGAAAAGCACACACAUGUAGACAGUCAUAAACACACCCAAACCAACAAACACAUAUGUACAUAGAAAUUAACACGCACACACAAACAAACACAUCGUUCAUGACUCUAUAAACACACACACAUACACACAAACAAACAUAUCGCACUCUAUAAACACACACACACAAACGUAUACAGACUUCAUCCCACACACACACUCACACUCACACACACACACACACUGUUACGUGUGUGGUUGUUUUCCUGUGUCUCCGCUCUCGUUCUCUGUAGGUCUCACACCAUUGGCUGUUCCUCCACCAUCGUCCAACCCCCUGUUCAAUCUGGGAGCUGUCUGUUGGCCAAUCAGUGUCAUCAGGCCUUGAUCACUUGCACCUGUUUGUCUCCGUGGGGGAAGCCAUUGUCUGCCUGUGUGUUGGCUGUGUCGUGCUGUUGCCUUUUGUUUGUAAGAUGCCAUGGGGGUUUAGGUGAAUAGGUAAGAUACCCUUGGGUUUACACUACCAUCACGUAGAUUUACUCUGUUAUCACAUCAGGUUAGAAGCGGGGCCACCCUCUGUAUGUAUUAGCUAGGUUGUAUGUGUGCACUAGUUAGUUGUCACUUUAUUUUGUUUUCUUUGAUUUGGCUCCGCUUAUAGUUCCCUAUUCCCCUUGGCGGAUCGCUAGCUAAAUAAACACACUUAUGUACCCAG